CUGCCUCGAGGUCUGCAUGAGCCACCUGCUGAUGGAGUAUGAAGAGGAUCAGGCAUAUAUAACGGAUGAACUGGGGAACACUGAGCUUGCCCAGAGCUCCGUAGCCACGACUGAUUCAGCAGAGUCCUCCUCGGCUCCUCAGGCUCAGGUUUGGGGAGAGUGGCCUGAUGACCCUGCUUACCUGGAAGCUCUGCAGGAAGUAGAAAGGGCCACUGAAGAGGUACCUGAUGAGCUUCUGCUCCAGGCAGUGACUGAGUGUGAAUGAAAGUCUCUGGAGGGAGGGAUGUCAUGUGAAUGUCAUUAUUAACCGACUAUAGUGCAAUACCUGAAGUUCCUUCUUUAUUUCUAUGUAUUCAUUCAACUGUAAAAUAGGUGCUUAAAUU